AUGCUAAUAGAUUAUGCACUUUUUGGUGAUGUUAUGACUUUUGAUACAACAUUUUGUACAAACAAGGAGCAUAGGCCUUUUGGUAUGUUUUCUGGAUUUAACCAUCAUAGAGGAGUUGUUAUAUUUGGGGCAGCCCUUUUAUAUGAUGAGACGGCUGAAUCCUUUAAAUGGUUGUUUGAUGCUUUCUUGGAAAGUCAUGGGCAAAAGCAUCCGGUAACAUUAUUUACGGACCAAGAUCUUGCCAUGGCAAAGGCAAUUUUGGAGGUUUUUCCUGGAACAUGGCAUGGUUUGUGUACUUGGCAUUUAAUGCAAAAUGGGAUUAAGCAUCUAGGUCACUUAAUGAAGGACGGAUCAAGCUUUCUAUCAGAUCUUAAGAGAUGUAUAUAUCAUUAUGAUGAAGAAGUACAAUUUGAGACUGCAUGGGAACAAUUGAGGAGUCAGUAUCGGGUUGAAAAUGGAUCAUGGUUAGAUCGUAUUUAUGUACUUAAACACAAGUGGGCCAAAUGCUAUAUGAAGAAUACAUUUACAGGAGGUAUGCGGAGUACUCAGCUAAGUGAAAGUGUAAAUGCUGACUUGAAGGAUUAUACAAAGUCUACUUUAGACAUUAUACAGUUUUUUAAGCAUUUUGAAAGAGUAGUCAAUGAUAAGCGUGCUAAUGAAUUGAAGGCUGAAUUUGAUGCAAGAAAUAAGCUCCCAAGGAACUCUUUUCCCCAAACACCCAUUAUGAUACAUGCAUCAGAAGUCUACACUCCGUUAAUCUUUGGAUUAUUUCAUAAUGAGAAUGUACGGGUUGGUUCUUGCUACAUAAUACAGAAGGAUGAAAGUAAUAGCUUGCAUAAAUAUGCUAUUGGUAUUCUUGAUUCAGAUAUGACAUUUAAGGUUGAGUGUGAUCCAUCCAAGUCCAUUAUUGAAUGUAGCUGUAAGAAAUUUGAGACAUUUGGCAUCCUAUGUUGUCAUGCUUUGAAGAUAAUGGAUAGGUUGGAUAUGAAGUCUAUUCCUGAAGCAUAUAUUUUGAGUAGAUGGACACGUGCAGCAAGAAGCAUUGUAGUGGAAGAUAGCAAGGGAACACAAGUUGAAGAAGAUGUAAAUUUGAACUCUGCACAAAGAUAUAGAAUUCUUUGUCAUAAACUGGUAAAGAUUGCAUCACAAGCAUCCAAUUCAAAAGAGGGAUUUGCAUUGGUGAACAAUGUUGCUAGUGAUUUGUGUAAACAAUUACACAGUCUUGAAAAUCAUGACACAAGGGCACAUCAAGAUGAGUCAACUGAAGAGCCUAAUCUGAACAUUGCAAAAGGGCUUAAAAAGAAAGAGAAGAAGAAGGGUUGUGGAUCAAGUAAACGAAAAAAAUCAUGUUUGGAAACAAAAGGCAAUAAGAAUAAGAAAAAGAAAAAUGAGCCAAACACAACUAGUACCUCUCUACCAGCCCUUACACCAUGCAAUGUAGUACAUUUGAAUCAAUUGGAUGGAACUCGAGAAAGUGAAAUCAACCACAGUUACAUGGAUCCCAUUAUGAUGGAGUACCUUCAAGGGAGUCAUUUCCUGUGGUUUCUCCUUUGUCGCCGUCGCCUAAGGAUGCAGAGCAUGAACCGACAGUAUUUCCUUCCGCCGUCGGCUGGAACAGAGACACAGAUGUGCAAGGGGAUCUCAGAGGAGGAGUCUGUCUUCCUUUGUCGCCUAAGGAUUCAGAGCAGGGGAAGCGAGAAGAUUUUUAUCCCCAGUCCCUUCUCUCACCAUCGCAUGGUCUGUGAGAGCGGUAGGGAGAAGAUAACCCUAACAGUUGCCGUUGUCGACGCCGACGCCGUGAGAACAGAACCUGUCUUCUUUAUCGCCGACGCUGGUCACCGUGAAUAUUCGUGA